AGCCCCUGCCGGAGUGCCGACCAGGGAGUGCCAGCCUAGGAAGCCCACCUUGCUCCCGAUGAAGCCACAGUUGCUGCUGCCCCUGCUGUGGGCGUCCUGGCUCCUGGGGACCCUGGCUGAGGGCAAGGGCUGUAACCGGACCACCUCGGAGGGGCAUGCGGGAGCCGAAGUGGUGCCUGGUGAGAGAGGGAGCCUCCUGAACGUGAGCGUCAGCGACCAGGGCCGCCCUGACUCCCUCUUCCUGUCGUGGGAUGAGCCGGAUGGGGGUGCCCUGGGCUACACCCUGGCAAUCUACAUGCUGGAGCCAGAGGUGCUGCUGCAGAACGGAUCGGCUGGACUCAACGCUACCAGCUUCCAGUUCCAGGGGCUUGUCCCCGGGGCAACCUACAGCAUCGAGGUCACUGCUGCUCUGGCCUGUGCGGAGGCCUCCAGCCAGAGAGUCAGUGGCCAGACAAGCCCUGCCCCCGUGCACAACCUGAGUCUGAGCAGCGACGGGAGCCCCUUGGCCCUGCGAGCCUCCUGGAUGGACGCCCCCGGCCAGAAGGAUGGCUACCGGCUUGUUCUCUACCACCUCGACUCCCAGGGGGCUGUGAGGAACGAGUCUGUCCCUGGAGCCAUCUCCACCUUCCUGUUCGAUGGGCUUCUGGCUGGCAGCGAGUACGCCCUGAGGAUCAGCACGCUGGCUGGAGCGAGGCAGGCCAGCACCAGUACCCACCAGUGGACGGGUAAGCAGAGUGAGUGGGCUGCAGCUGCAAGCCAGAGUGGGGCUAUGUGCCAGUGA